CAAACAAACCUUCUGAUUCAUCGUUCACACUGUUGGAAGCUACUUUGGGCAUUUCAUCGUUGCGCUGCAUUUGCUUUUCAUUUUCGCUUUCGCUAGAGUUCAGCCAGCAUACUCCAUACAUCAUAUCGAUCGCUCAGAUCAACAAUGAUUUCGUCUCUUACUGCUCUUAACGGUGAAUGAUGCAUUGUGGAUGUUAUUCAGUUGACAAACUAAUAGCAUCUUGACCAUGUGGAGUAUGAUCCCUCCGGCAAUGCGGCCGGCUUGCAAGAGCAUAGGAAAGGUUGCGUUUUGGAUUGCUGUCAGUCCUGCAAUCAUAAUACUCUUUGGGUUUUAUAUUGCAUACAGCCUCGUUGUAUACCUAUGUAAGGAAUUCGACGAAUGGAUGCAUAGGCCUUCGAGACAACUCCUCGAACCACAAGAGAUAGAAUCGAGAAGAGCGAAGAGAGAAGCGCGCUAUCGCGCACGACCCUUACCUAGAUUUCGAGAGCGCGCAAUGACCUUAGAUUCCAACGGAGGAUUGUCCCUGGUGGCGGCACCGGUCACAGGAAGGAAGGAAGGAGAAACUAGGAGAGUUGUUCAUUCUCUAGCGAGCGUACGACAAACAACUACUGACCAGCUUGGGGUUUGUGAUUUGUACAUAUUUCCGUACGAGAUCCGCGAAAUGAUAUGGCAGUAUGCUCUCGGCGGUCACCACAUACAUAUCGUCAAGCGAAAGGGAAAAUUGGGCAGCAUCUAUUGUCCUGCGAAUGGAGCCUUGGAUCUCGACCAUACAGACCUUUGCUGCCUUUCACGGGACCAGCGAGGGUACCACACAGCCACAGGAUGGCCGUCGCAUGCUCGACCUCUAUCAUUGUUAGGAUCUUGCCGACAAAUAUAUUCCGAGUCCAUCAAUUUUCUGUAUUCCUCCAAUACUUUCUCUUUCGAUGAGUUUUCAACACUCAUUGAUUUCUUCCCGACCUUGAUACCCAAACGUAGAGCGUUGAUCUCUUCCGUUCACAUGUUGAUUGAUUUCGCCCCGAGUUGCUCCAGCCAGCGUUUGAGCCCCUUCGCACAUAUCUAUACCCCGCACAAUGACUCUUUGGCCGAUUGGCAACAGUGCACCGCAAUUCUUAAAUCUCUUCCAGCCCUCACAAACGUAACAAUCACAAGUCCCUUUUUCUGGAUAAGAAACAUGCACCUACAUCGAAGUCGCCCCGCAACUUGGAUUCAAGACUUCUUCACUCUUUUGAAUGAAGUUCGCGUACAUGGACAAGUGAGUUUGGUGUGGCCGCCUGUGCCUAAUGCUACGUAUGUAGGGGAUGUCAACAGCCUUCUCCCGGCGAAUCAUUCUUUCAAGUUGUAUCCGUCUAUUUAUCACGAUGGCUGUGAACUGCUAGCCUUCAUCCUCCCGUUACAUGUGGCUUGUUUACAUUGCGAGCCGCAUUCGAUUAUUCGCAAAAUGACCAAGGGACUGGCCGAAUCUAGGACCGACUAUCGGAUCGACAAUGAAUCCGCUACGAAUCCAAUCCAACUAGACCCGUGGCGUUCCCGCUAUUGGACGUUUCACGCCUCUUGCCGCGGCUGGAUCGAGUUUGAAUAUGACUGGGAGGAAAAGAGGUGGAGCGUCACACAGGGCGCAAAGGAGCUUACUGAUGACGAGGCAAAUGCCCAUAUGGCAGAGACUGGACAGGUUGGACAGAAUCUAGAAUCUAUGCAUGGGAUCAUGCAGGGCCUGUGGGUGAAGUCCUCCAUCAUGAACCAUGCGGCGAUUGGCGAUACAACAGGAAAAGCUCUAGAUAUACCGACGAAGGAGGCUUUUUAUCGGAAUGCAGGAUGGACGGAAGUAUAAGGUGGCAUGCCAGCCCCUUCUUUUCCUUGAUCUUGAUCUUCAAUGUUGGACUUCACAUAUAUACUGAUUGAGUGAAUGGCAACGAUAUUUGGCGACAUGCCUGUUUCUUUUGCUCAUUGGAUCAAACUAGAGGGAUAUUUCAUUACCAA